AUGCAUUAACAGAAAAGCGUGCAAUGUUGUAGCGGCUGUUAACAGUUUCAGUUCCACUGCAAAAUAGGAAUUAUUCAGUGCAUUUUUUAAGUUUACAAAUAAAAUAAUUUGUAAAUCAAGUAAGGCCGGCAACUGUUUCUAAAACUUGGAAAAUUCUAAAUACACUUGCAUAAGAAACAAACAAAAUGGACAAAAACAGCGCGGCUUUGUACAAAAAAAUGCAAGGUGAAGUUGAGUCAUAUCAAACCCUGCAGAAAUCUUGUGUUAAGGUAGUGAAGCAACGUGCUCUUCUGGAGAGUCAGUUGAAUGAAAACAAGUGUGUUAUGGAUGAAUUAAAUUUACUUGGUCCUGAUAACAAAGUGUACAAAUUGUUUGGCCCUGUUUUGGUGAAACAAGAACUGGAAGACUCCCGUCAAAAUGUGGGCAAGCGUAUUGAAUACAUCUCCAAGGAGCUGAAAAGUUCAACUGAUACGUUGGAGAACAUGGAAAAAGAUAUGCUGAAACAUCGCGAAGCUGUGGCCAAGUAUCAACAACAAUGGCAAGUUGCAGCAGCCAUGAAGUAAAUAGUUGGAGAGCAAUAAAUUAUUAUUUAUUAAUCUUUGUGAUUGUUUGGUAGGCAUUAACGACAGUAAAACACAAACGCAUUACAUUAAAUUCAAUGAAGUACACGUAAAGAAAACUUAAAACCAA